AUGGAUUCCGUGAAAAGCGGUGUUAUCCUUGCGCUCCUCUGCCGAAGCAGUGUGCUAGUUCAGGGUACCUCCAUCAAGGCAGGCUCCUCAGUUUCCUCCGAAGACGUGGAGGCCUACGACAUGUUCCGAAACCAGUUCGGGCGCGACGAGGAGUAUGGCUCAGAGAACUACCAGGAGAGGCUUGCCUUCUUCGCGAAGCGACGGGCAGAGGUGGAUGCACAGAAUGCCAAACCGGAUAAGCUCUGGUGGGCGAAGCUAAACAAGUUCGCCGACAUCACAGACUCAGAGUAUCGAGCAAUGCUCGGCUACCGGCGUAUGGGCUCCACACAAGCAGGCGCAGCAAUCAUGCGCGGCUCAUCCUUUCUGCAGAUGGACACAUUGGCCCUCUCCCGGGACUGGCGAGAGCUGAAGUCCAGCCGGUUCCUUCGUGUUCAAGGUGGCUGUGGCUCCUGUUGGGCAGUAGCUGCAGCGGGCGCCCUCGAGAUGCAUGCGGAGCUUCAUAAGAAGCUGCCCUCCCCGACGCGCUUGUCUUUCAGCCAGCUGUUGGACUGCACGCCGAAUCCAAAGCAUUGUGGCGGCGACGGGGGCUGCUCAGGGGCCACUGCGGAGCUCGCCUUUCAGUAUGUUCACGAGAAUGGAAUCGCUGCCGAGGAUGACUACAAAGAUUCAGAGGUGGAUGGAAAGUGCAGGCAGCCGACCUCCGCGUUGAGCACCAAAGGUUUCGUCAAGCUGCCGGAGAAUCAGCUGCUGCCACUCCUCACCACGAUAUCAGAGAAGGGCCCUGCGGUCGUCUCGGUGGAUGCAGAGGCGUGGACCAGCUACGACGGGGGCAUCUUCGAUGGAUGCCAGCAGGACGCCACCAUCAACCAUGCUGUCCUCUUGGUCGGCUAUGGCGUAGAUCCGAAGGGCAGGAAGUAUUGGCUGAUUCGCAACUCCUGGGGGGCAGACUGGGGAGAAAACGGCUACAUGCGCCUCCUGCGUCACGAAGGAGAUGAGGCGAAUGGAGGCCACAACGGGUAUUGCGGCACAGACUACGACCCAAAAGUCGGGGUUGGGUGCCGCGGUGGCCCAUCAUCUCUGCCGGUCUGCGGGAUGUGUGGCAUACUGUCAGACUCCAGCUACCCGAAGCUUUAA